AUUUCGACGACCGCUAAAAACCCCACGCGAUCCACCACAAAUUAUAAAAAAUUCGUCUACAAAUUAUUAAUUAUACAAUCGCAAUUAAUUGCUCAAACACCGUAAAUAUUUACCCAAUAAACCUCCGGUCGACGUUCUUUUAAAAAUUAACAACAACAAACAUAACCCCAAGUACGUGACAGCUGGCGGUGACACAAAAAUGUUCGCAAGACCCAAACUAAGUUUUCGCUUUUAAUUAAUACUACACUAGUUUAAGUAAAGUCGCUUCGAUGGCUUCGCGGAGUCUCACCGACGUUUUUUUGUUGAUGCGGAACAACGCGGUUCGCAGUAGGCACAUCUACCCAGACCAGGACAACUCGGAGCGGAUGCACCUAGUCUCGCUGAACGACGUAGAAGAGGGCUUGGGUGACCGCAACGACAACCGAAUGCCCCCAAUGUGGAUAGACUACUUGGAGAAAGCUCAAAUGAUUUUGCCAAAGCUGAAAGUCAAGAUUAACGAACUGAAAACGCUACAUUCCAGACAUUUACACAGGCCUACGUUUGACGAGAGUUCGGCUGAUGAAGUGGCCAUUGAAAAUUGCACGCACGAAAUCACGCGGAUGUUUAACGAAACACACAGACUGGUGCAGAUUAUCAAGAGCCACUCGUCUGAAGGUCCCAUGAAAGAACAACGGUUGACCAUAAACGUCUACCAUUCACUCGCGAGUGCUUUGCAGGAACUUUCAACCAUGUUUAGAUCGACCCAGAACAGCUAUUUACGCCAAAUUCAAUCGCGUGAAGACCGCUCCAAAAUCUACUUCGAUAAUCAGUUAGAAGAUGAGGAUUUGUAUAGUCGGGAAGUAGACGACAUCGACAAUUAUUUUAUCAACUCGAAGCAGAUGAGCCAGCAGCAGUUGUUGCUAUUGGAAGAGGAGAACACGCGGUUCGCGCAAGAGCGCGAACAAGAAGUCAACGCCAUUGUCAAGUCAAUUGUCGAUUUAAACGAGAUUUUUAAAGAUCUUAGUCAGAUGGUGGCAGAUCAGGGCACUGUGCUAGACAGAAUUGACUAUAACGUAGAACAAACUCAAAUUCAGGUGUAUGAGGGUUUCAAACAACUGCAAAAGGCUGACGCUUAUCAACGCAAGAAUCGCAAAAUGUGCGCCAUUCUUGUCCUGGCGAUAACCACAAUCCUACUAUUUUUCAUCUUAAUCAUUGUCAAAUCCUAGUCAUAACACGUAAUUUUUAUAUAAUUUAUCCAUUAUCUACUAAGCCAAAUAUUUAUUUAUGUAAAUAAAAACAAGUCAAGUUUAA